AUGGUACACACAAACAACUUCACAGAGCUCGGGAUACACACGAGCACUGAACUCCACCUCUGGAUCUUCUUCAACAUUCUCGUAGCCCUCUCCUCCCUGGUAGGAGACACUGUAAUCCUAGUGGGGAUCACCAGAUACAAGGCCAUCAAGCUGCACAAAGCCGUGGUCGUAGUGAUUAUCCACCUAGCAGUCAGUGAUCUUCUUCUCACCACGUUCGAGACUGUUCCCCAAAUAAUAUCCCUGUCAGCACAGGACUGGGUGCUGGGAGAGGUGUUCUGUCUGCUGAACCCCAAUAUUAACAUUGUGUGCAUCACUGCCACUGCAGGUCUAACCUGUGUUCUGACCACUAACAAGCUCCUGAUAGUGGUCCACCCUCUGAGAGCUGGCUCCUGGACAGAGAGACGGGUUCACAUGGUGUGUGCUGUGUUCUGGGUCCUGGGUCUCCUCCAACCCGGUCAGCUCCUCCACAUCUUCUUCUGCAGCUCUGAAGAUCUCUACUUCAACUAUCUGGACUACACGUGCAGUUACAGGCAGACACCUGCUCCUGUUUGGUUGGAAUGGUCUGCUGCUGUCUUCACGUUCGGAGGCCUCCUCCUGGCUAUGCUAGUGCUGGUGACCACGUCCACUCUACUCCUCCUAAAAGCAAGGAAGCUAGCCCUGGAGAGAGGGAAGUGUCUCCGGUGGCAGGGUGUGCUGACAGUCGUCUCCACAACUGUGGUGUACCUGGUGUCCAACCUGCCCUGGUUUGUAGUGACCUUGUCCAGUCUAGCAGUGACUCCUAGUACCUCCACCUGGAGAACUGUUCUCUUCAUCUCCAACCUCAACAUCAUGGCUAACUUCUACGUGUAUAGUCUCACUGUAACCAGCUUCAGGGAGUUCAUCUGCACUUCAGCCCGACAGUUAGCAGAGAGGGUAGGGGUGCUGAAUUCUCCAAGUACAGCAGCUGAGGUGAGACGGCGUGGAGGAGGGGGGAGGGGUUCUGGGGGAGGGGUCCCGAGGAGGGGUUCAGCUGUUAGAUCUGUUGAGCGAGGGAGUCAGGUUCUGGAGGAGUCCAUCUAA